AUGUUGCUAACUAUUGUCGCUUUGGAAGGUAGACAUCUUCUCCACUUCUUCGAUUUGGUUGAGAACAAUCCCAAGUUCAGAGACGUAGAGGUUGUCUGCGAAGGUGUCUUGCGUAAGAAAACUGAGGUGGAAAAGCUCAGGGUGAAAGACCCAAAGAGACACUUUAAUAAAGGUAAGGGCUGCGGUCACGUCAGCCUGCCUUAG